ACUUUAGCCCUCUGCUAAGUCUUUCAAAUUCAAAAAACAAAAGCACCAUUAGUUGUAUCCUAUAAACUGCUGGUUUUUGUUUGAAAUCAAACGAAUGGUAUCCAGAGUGGAAGAAGCAAUGAACAUAAGGCAACAGCAGCAAGAGGUCAAAAAUUACCAAGUCCAGAAGCAGAUGCAAUGCAACAAAGGAAAAACAAUUAAGUUCAAGCGGAGCAGUUCCAAUGUUGAAGAAGAUGGUGCUUCUUCUGCUAUUCUCUUGCUUGCUUGUAUUGCUUGUGGCUCUUCCCACCUAUAGAAUAUAGAUCAACUUGUUAGCCAGCUGAUAAUUAAAUGCACGCAUUAAUUAUUAGUGUUAUUAUUAUUA